AUACUGAUUUUUAUGAGAAGGUUUAUCUUCUGAAGGAACACACUUUCAACCAAAGAACUCGAUUAAUUGACCUGCUUGAUAUAAGCCGCCAAGUUAACUACACCUUGAUGUAUUACCCCCGCAUGGCCAAGCUGGAAAGUACAAGAAGCAUCACUAUAAUGAAUAGGGACCUUAUGGAUGAGCACUACAGUAUAAGAAACCGAAUUCGUACAAUCAACAAAAACAUCAAUAAUAUUAGAGUGCUACACACUUCAUGUCGGUUAAAAAUACAACAUCUUUUUGAAAUUGACUUUGCUACUGUUAUAAAGACGCAUUUGGCAAACAGGAAACCUUUUACAGAAGCAGAAAAAAGACAGGUGAGAAAAUGGGCAUCUGAAGUCAAGGAGCACAUGUCAGAAAUAGAUGAUGUUAUGGAAGUCAUCCACUGGGUACUUCAACCAUCAUUGCAUAUGGGGCAAAAUACAAUAAGGCGCUUCAAUCGUGAAGAACAAAAUGAUGAUAAUAAUGACCAUUUGGAAAGACUGAGAAAAAAAGUUCAUGAUUGGAAAUAUCUAAAAAGAUACAGAAACAGUAAGCAGAGGACAGUUCAAAAAGAUGGUAUAACUGGUGAUGACGGUAGUGGAAGCAAUGGCCGUAGUAAAUGGAAUAGAAGGAGAAAAAAGAAGAGAAAUUUUUUCAAGAGAAUCAGAUCUCGUCAUCGGAGAGAUGUCGCAAAUGCUGACCAGAGCAUGAGUAUUCAUGAUACUUUUGAUGAAAUUGAGCAAAAACUCAGAGAGAUUAUCAAGAAGCUUGAUGAAGCAUGGACAAACAUCUUGAGGUUUCUCAAUGCAAAGAAGCGCUGUCGAAAUGGUGAAGACGCAAUUGAAGGGUCUGGAGAUGGUGAGACUACAUGUGAUUUGGAUGGCAGCACUGAUGACAGUGAUGACUUGAUAACAAAUAACAAAAAUGUCGAUGAAAAUGGUUUUGAGUUUGUUGAUGGCAAUGAAAUUAUACCUCUUAACACAAAGAGACUGCUGGAAGCUUACCUGGAUGAGGCCACUAUCAAGAGUAAAAAGGUGAUGAAACGUUGCUAUAAUGUCCAGCAAGACAUUCAAGAUUUGAAACCUAAGUUGGCUCAAGUAUCCUCAGAACUAUCCAGAACUGAAAAGUUAGCCAAUAGUACUACUUUUAUCCAAUACCAUAUUUUGGAAUUCCUGUCCAACAGAACCAAAUACGUAGCUGAACUGAAAGAAACCACUGCUGAGCUUGAACUUAUUCUAAAUAAAAUUGAGGCCUUGAAUAAUUUGGCAGAGAAAGUUCUUGCAGAUGAGGACAAUUUAAAAAAGCUCCUGGAAGAGAGGAAGAAAGAAAAAGAGAAGGAGAUAGUAAAAGACAAAAAGGUGAAGAAUAAGACUGGGAAAAAGAAGACAGCAGAGAAGAAAUCAAAGGGAAAGAAAAAAGAUAAACAGCGAGACAGAUCUGGGGCAUCAGGUGGAAAGCGCAAAUCAAAAGAAAACACAACUGAAGAGGAUGAGGAUGUGGAUGGUGAUGGUGGUGUAGAUGUGGUGUCUCCCAUCAGAAAUAAAAAGAGAAAGAAGGAAAGAGAUAACACUAAAACAGAAUCGGAAAGUGAUGUGAGCCUUGGAGAUGGGAAGAAUUUAGGUAGUAAAGGAAACAGGAAGAAAACUGAUAAACAUUCUGGCAGAAACGGGUAUUCAAUGAUUGGAAAUAGACGAGAUAGAAAGAGAGGUAAAAGUGAUGUAAGAGAGAAGGAAAAUGAGAUUGAAGGAGAGAAUAGAAAAGGGAAGAAAAUGAAGAAAGAAAGUAAAGGGAAAAGUGAUGUAAAGAAAAAAGUGGAGGUGGAGGUAAAGAAUGAAAAGGUAAAAAGAAAGAAACAACAUAAAAAAGAUGAAAAGGAAAAUGAUAAGAUUGGUGGUAGUAAGGAUAGCAAGGAAGAAAAUUGGUUGGAUGUUUGGGAAGAUUUGGUGAACUUUGAAGAUCUGGUCAUAAAGAACAAAAGCCUAAAAUUGAUAAGUGAAGAAACAAGUAGAAAAAAAUCCAAUAAAGCUGAACUUGAAGGAAAAACAACAAAAGAUGAAAAUAAUGACAGGGAAAAAGUUUUGGUACUUAAAAAAGAUGAUAGGAGCAAUAAGAAGAAGAAUGGUAAUGAAAAAAAUGAAGGUAAAGAUACUAAAAGCAAGAAAAGGAAAAACACGAGAAGGAAAAACAUGAACAAGACAGAAAGUAAGGAAAAGGGUGGCAGUUCAAACACCAAGAAAGAAAAUUGGUUAGAUUUGUGGGAGAAUUUGAUAGAGUCUCAAGAAUUGUUGAAGGAAGGUGAAAGUGAAGAUUUAAAUAGAAAUGAAGAAAGUGAAUUUCAAAAUGAGCAAAAUGUGGCUGAGAGAAAAGAUGGAUAUUAUGAAAAGCUACAAGAAAAAGGAGGAGGCAAGGAAAUCGAAGAUUUUGAAAAGAAGAAUAGCAAGAAUGUUGGUAACAUAGUAAAUAUAAAGAAUCAGAAACAUUCUAGAAUAUUUACAAAAGAAGAUCAAGAGUCAAGAAAGAGUAAAUUAAAAUUGAAAAUUAAAAAGCUACAAAGGUAUAGAAGAGAUUUGCAAAGCAUUCACAAAGACAGGAGAUCUUUAAAUAGAAAGAGAGAUGCCAGGCGGAGAAGGCGGAUGAGAAAGAAGAGAAGAAGAAAUCCACGUAGAAGGGAUAGAACACGUGCAAGAUUGCAGUCAGAUACAGCAGAAGAUGAAGAUGCUGUCAUAAAAUUUGUCACAAAAUUAAAUAAGCAGAUUGAAAUCGAUGUUGCUAAAAGCAAGGAAAAUUUUGCUAUUAUGAACAAAACCUUGCAGGAACUUCCCAAAGACUUACACCAGUCAGUUAUUAGUAACGUGGAACAGCUGCGAAUGAAUAUCUCCCAGAUCCAAUAUAAAAUUCACUUGGCACGGGCAUUGUUGUCUGCAAUGAAGGUGAGCUAUAUUCUUGGCCUGAAGAAGAGUGCUGUGGUUUUGUCAGUGUACGAUAUGGAUGGAAAUGAACUUAAAGUAGUUGAAUCUAAAAGUAAAACAAAACCAGAGGUUUGGUACAAGUUUGGAAUCCAAAGAAUUGGUCGAAACUUCAGCAUAACAAUCAGCCCCAUUUCAGCUGCAGCUCAAACAAAUAAAGAAGUUCUUAAGAUAUUUCUCCCAAAAGUAAAUGUUGAAUACACAGCUCCUUCAGUUGCUUAUGUUGGUGGUUAUCCUGAGGAAUUAUGGAAAAACAAAUUAAAACCGCUGGAAGGUUGUGUGGGGUCACUUGAUGUUGAUGGACAUGCUAUGUCUCUGAUGCAGCCUUUUCCAGAUGGUUCUCAGCCUACACCUUGUACACAUGGAUGUGGUGACAAUUCUUCAAUGGUCUUUGAAGGUAAUGGUUUUGCAGAAUUUCACACUGAUGAUAUCCUGAAGACUGGUUUAACAUCAGUUCAGCUUAGCUUCAAGACAUAUCAAACAGAUGCUUUGCUUUUAUUUCUGAAGAAUACAAAUUUUCUACUAAUUGUCACAUUGGAAUCAGGCAAUAUCCGUAUCCAGUAUGAAUUGGAAGAUACACAGACAGCUAAGUUAAGUGGACCUAAACAACUCUCCAAUGGAAUGUUGUACAAAAUUCAGAUCUCCAUCAAAAAUGGAAAAUUUAGUGCUGGGAUUGUCGGUGAAAAGUUUAAAUUUGACAACACAGAAUAUAAACCAGAGAAAAAUGAGCUGGAGACAGUUUUUUCACUUGGAGGCUUAUCACCUCAUUAUCAAAACAACAUUAGCUCUCACUACAGGCAUCAUACAAUCUUAGUUUCACUCGGGGAGAGAAACCUUUGGUUGCCAACAGAGUUGUGGUUAUCAUGCAUCCAAUUCACAAAACGUUCCGAGGCAUUCCAGCUUCCAGACUUUGGCUUUGUAAAGUCAAUAUCUAUCAAAGUUAGUCAUCAAGCUAAUGGUGUGGCACUGUUCUUUGAAAGAGAUGAGAAAUUUGCUAUUGAGGUGAAUCUACAGGAUUCUCUGGUAGAGGUUACAAACCAUGUGACAAAGGAGAGAUCCAAUAUGACCAGGGAUUCAAGUACUGCACCCUGGAAUGUUAUAAGUGUCAUUGACCAGGUGGGGAAUCUCCAUAUUAGCCUGGAUGGUCAAAAUAGUGUGGAUAUGGGCUAUAAAAAAAACACUGGCUGGUUUAAAGCGAAUGACAACGAUUUUUCCAUGAGCAUCACUGUUGGAGGAUUGUCUGAAGACUACCAAAAAUCCAGUGAGAAAUCAAAAACAUUAUAUGGGAGUAUAUCAACUGUGCUUAUUGAAAAUGAGUAAGUAUAACAAAGUUUAAACCUUUUGAUACCAACCUACCUAAGACUACCACAAACCCUAUGUUUUAAAGUGAUUUAGAUAAAAACUGCCUGGCAAAACUUCAUGUUAAUUUACAUCUCAGAUACCAGCUUAACUAUUAUUACAAACCUUGCGCUAUUUUCAAAAUUAAUUGAAACAAAGGCAAUAUGUUUUAACAGAAAUAUACUAACAAAAGAGUUAAACAAGGAAUUCUGAAACUACUCUGUUUUCUUUAGCUAUUCGUUAACAGCCAAGGUUUAUAAUGUUAACUUGGGGAAAAAGAGUGUAUAAUGUACAUAUAAACACAAGUAUAUGUGUAUGUUGCAUGUGUAUGUUGCAUAUGUAAUUUUGUAGAUUACAUAAAUCAGUUAAAUGUGGAAUGUAUGCUGAAGAUGAAGAAAAU